AUGUCGGACAGAAGAGACUCUGCGAGCGGCGGGUCCGAUGGGGAGACUGGCAAGAAGGGCGCAGAAGGCGGCCAGGCGGAUACAACGAAAGAAGGAUGGGGAAAAGGCAAGAAACCCCGACUAGGAACCGCAGAUCCUACAAAGCCUAGAAGAAAGUUCAAACCCGAAGCGAGGAAAAGAUUUGAAGAGAAGAAGGCAAAGCAAAACGCACUCAGGGAACAACUUAAGACCGAUCGCGACGCGGAAGGAGUCGAACAAAGUCUCGAGGCCAUUGACAGAGAAAUCGAAAUGAUCGAAGCCGAUGAAAAAAGCUACCUUCCAGAUCCAGACACACCAAUGCCGACAGUUGAGGGUGAAGCUGAUCAAAAGGAAGAGGAAGAUAACGACGAACAAGACCCUGAAGUGGUUCCUAUACAAGGGGGGGAAUCCUCUGAACUCUUCCCAGGCGCUCCGCGUGUUACCGUUGCCAAAAUGUGUAAACACGGAGAUGACGAUGGUUCACCUACGUACCUAAAUCGCUACGGGCCUCGUCGGUGUGGCUGGUUCGUGUUCAGCUCUACCCUAGUACUCCCGGAAGGCUCCACCGAGAAAGAUCUGAUCAAUAUCUCUGAUAAGUUCAACCGUGUCUUAGAUUAUCCCCGCCCUCAGGGUAAGGCUAAACCCAGGAUCGGUGAUGUGGCAGGAAAAUUAAAUCUGGCUUUCGACUGCCGUGGUUUUGAAGAUGAUCCUCUGCAAGCGGUGGAGCUCUUAAACCCUCAGACGGUGAAGAAAACAAAUUUGUACAAGACAGGGAGUGAGCGUAGGGCUCAUAAGGCUGAGUUGGAUAAGUACCCUUCCGUGAAGAUUCAACUUGCAUUCAAUGGGGAAUGGGGGAAACCAUCUUGGGAGUUGAGUUCUGCGUUUAGGCAAUUGUAUCGAAAGAAUCAGAUCAGUGCUGAGGAGGAGAUCUACCAAUUCGCGCGCAAGAGAGCGUUGGCUUUCCUCAAUUGGUACGAAUCCAGCAAACCCCAAGAGUUUGAGAGCUAUAAGCGAUCGAUGAGCCGAGACCCGACAGCAGAACCACUGCGCAAACAGCCAGACAUCUCAGCGAGUCCCCCUCCAUCUUCCGAGACCGCUCAGUCACGUAAGCCUGAAAAGAAACAGCUUCUUACACCUCCUCCGGACCAGGAAGGUGGAAAGGAAGCUGAGACGACACAGUCGCCUUCAAAAGCCAAACAGAAACUGAGUCCCGAGAAAUUCAAGGAAAUUGUCCUAAAGGCUUACCGACAGGCUGAAGGGAUAAAGGGUGAAAUGACUGAUGAGCAAGAAGCAGAAUGGGAUAUCUACUACGAUGUCUAUGCGCAGAAGCGGGGAUACUGAUGGGAAUGUUUGGAAUGGAGAUGACUGAAAAAGGGCUUGAUGAAAGGCUGCUAAAUUGUUUAUAGAUAUCAAUUUCAUAGGUCCUCAGAUACAGAAUACUACAUCCGCGGGCGGAG